AAAGCACAUUAUUUCUGAGAUAUCGCAAAAAGAACAAAAAAAUGUCCGGAUUUAAAUCAUUUGGUUUAUUAUUGAUGCUAAUUGCAACAAUUAUGGUAAUAAUUCCCUCUUCAUGGGCAUUGUGCAAUCAUCACGGUCACGUAUGCAAGAGUGACGGAAGUAUGGGCAUUUGUUGUUCGGGAUUUUGUUAUCAACAAGUUGGAUGGGAAACUGGAUAUUGUCAAGGUGGUUGAAGUUCCAAAAUUUUUGACAAGAUGUACAAAAAAUUUCUAAUUUCAUUUUAUUUUUCAUAAAAUAAAAUACAUUUUAAAAUA